UGCUGGCUUCCUUCCUCAAGGAAAUCUAGGAAGCUCGCAAUUUCAAACUUUAUCUUAGACAGUUUCCCGUUUUAGAAUCAGCCUCGCCGAAGUAAAACUACCAGUAACCCAGACUUGCAACCGCCUUUGCAGGGAGAAAUUAAAUUUUUCAUCUACAAUUUGGAAGCUAAAUUGAUAACAAAAUGAAGUCAGCAAUCAAUCUGUCAUCCAAUAGUAACAAAUUAGCAAGUGCUCCAGAAAUGUCUCAGAAAAAAGGACAACUUAAUUUACCAUUGUUACCUAAUCGAAAAGAAAAACAUGGUGCAAAAUCAGUACGUGAUAAAAUUGAACCAAUGGUUCUAAGAUCUCCACCAACAGGAGAAUCCGUUGUACGGUAUGCUUUGCCCAUUCCAUCAAGUAAGACAAAGGAGUUAAUAGCAGAAGAUGAAAUGAUCAGGAAGAUUACCAAACAUCUGAAGGUGGUUGUUUCUAAUUUAGAAGAAUCCUAUGGAUCUAGUGUUGAAGAUGGAGAAAAACCAGUAGCAAAGCCUGGGGAGAAAGAAUUAUCUUUAUCUGUUGGGGAUGAUAUGAGUUCAUUCUUGGUAAAUUGUUCACAGUUUGCAGUUCAGCUAGAAGAAGCAGUUAAAGAAGAACAUGAUAUUUUGGAAUCUCUUUUUAAGUGGUUUCAGCUACAGGUCAAUCAAAUGGAGGAGCUAAGUAGAGGUUAUAGUCUUUCAGAAACAGAUAUUCUAGCACCUGAGAAAACAGUCUCUUUAAACAUUUCAAAAGUAGUAACGCAAAUGCAAAAACUUGAAGAACUGAAAAAUCAGCUUACACAGAUGCCUAAAUACUCCUUGAAAAACAUGCCAUGUAAACCCAAAGAUUAUAAAGAAAAUCAACUAAUAUCAGUGGAAAGUUGUGAAAACAUACAGCAGAAAAUUGAAGAAUUCAUAAAAACCCACUCAGUAGAAGAAGUUUUAGAUACUUCUGAAACCGAAACACAUACUGCUUCAAUGACUAACCAAUUCAAUAUGAUGUUGAAAGUAUUUGAAAAACAGUCAGAUAUGUUGAAAAGAGCUGAAGAUGAUCAAGGCUUAUUAGAAGCUAAGUACAAACAGAUGCAAAAUGAUUUUGAAUUAUUAUCAGAGGAGAAAUCAGUGCUGGAAAAUGAACUACAAAAGUUGAAGGAUAUAGAGAUUACACAGAAAAAACAUGUAAGUGAUCGAACAAAGAAAACUGUAAAAAUAGAAAAGAAAAAAGACAAAGAAAAGCCAGUGGAUUCAGAAAGGGUGUUGUCUCAAGGAAUCCAGCUUAAAGUAAAAGAAAGUUUGUUUCAAGUCCAGAAACGAGCAGAUGCUCUGGAAAUUGAGAACAGAGUUCUUCAGGAACAACUAAAACAGGCUUUACAGGAAGCAGAAAGAAGUAAGCUUCAACUUGACUAUUUCCUAAAUCAAGGGGUGGAGCUUAUUAAAAGUGAAGGGAAGACCAAAACAAUGGAAACAGGUUUUGGUAAAACACAAGGUGAACAUUCAAAAAAUAUGCCAUUGGACAGAGAGAAAAGGGCAGCAUUUGUUUCAAAUUCAGGUGAACAAAGGACAAAUGAUAUAAUCCAAGAGAUCCCAAUCGUCCAAAAUCAAAGACCAAUUGAAGAAAGCUCAGAGAAGAAAAGAUCUAGCUCUGCUAUUUCAGAUCUUUCACAGAACCUCAAUUCUCAAGAUAAAUCAGCUUUUUUAGAGAUUUCACAUGAAGUUUCAACUGAUGAAGCUCUACUUCAUACAUCUUCAUCAGAGAACCAUGAUAAACCACGUAAAAUAGAAUCACCCAGCAAAAAAAAUCAAGAAUCACCAUCUGUCAAAAUAUUGCCUGAUGAGAAAGAAACAGUGAUAUCAUCCUUGAUUUUACCUCCUGUUCUUAAUGAAGGAAACUCAAAGGUUGAUGUAUCAGAAGAGAAAUUACAAACAGAAACUCAAAACCAAACAGCAGAAGAAUUUGAAGCUUUUGAUGAAGAAUCAAAUAAAAAUCUUGUGCUUGAACAUCAAGACUCAAUAACAGAAACAAAAAUAAAGGGAAAAAAAACUCCUAAAAGGGAAAGAUUGAUUACUCAUGAAGAAGUACCACAUGAAAACGAAAUGAAAGAUCAAGAUUCAGUGCCAAAAACCCAAGUGCAAUCAAAGAAGCAAAAAACUUCCAGAGAAGAACUUAAUAAUCAGGAAUUAAUUCCAAUGUGUGCUGAAAGUCCUUUGCCAAGAGACUCAAAAUCAAAAGAUCAUCCUCAAAGUAAGAAACGCAAAAUUGCCCAAGAGGAAACACUUGAACAAGAUAUGAAUGAAAGUUUUGAAUAUGAAGAUCUAGAGUCAUAUUCAGAAUAUAAGAAUCAAAAGAAAAUACAUAGAGCUCUCCAGUCUCAAAAAUUGAAAACUAAAUAUGAAGCAACCUCAGAUACAUCAAAAAACCUUCCAAAAUUGCAGCCAUCGAUUAGUGAUAUAAUAUUUCAGUUAGACUUAGACAAAGUGGUUGAGAAUGAUCCAGAACUCUUGAAAGAUGAUUUUAAACAACCUUUAUUGAAGAGUGAGCUCAAGACAUUAGCAGUGAAUCUCCCCGGAAUUGAUAAAGACAGAUUGACCCAUGCAGUCGAAAGAGGCAAAAGAAAGAGUGAAUUCAAGAUACAAGUGAAGAGUUCUCUUGAAACUGAUACACAACCGUUGACUGACAUAAGAGGAAAACAUCUAAUAAUAAAGGAUGAAAUGAACACAAAACCAAAAAGUCACCUUGGUAUGAGUUUAUCUAAAGGCAAAAAUAUAUUCACACAAGAAGAUAGUUUUGUCAAGCAUACUGCACCACGUAAAUUCUCAACAAAAUCAUCCAUGGACAAUCAAGUUCUGGAAGCUGGAAAACAUUUGGCCAACAUACUGACAGAAGUUGUUACUGGUGUGAGUUUACAGAAAAACAAAGAUACAUUCAAACAACAUCAAGAAGAUAUUCAAACUAAGAACAUUAUACCAACUAAAUUUCCAAAAAAAUCCAGCAAUUUAUCAUCCUUUCAGAAUAAAGGAAAACCUAAAGCUAUAAAUUUAGGCAAAAAAUCUGUUGAACUUCCAGGUCUUCUGCCUUUUGUGACCUCUGCUUAUAUAAAGUCUAGCCAUAAAGUGUUAAAUACUACUACACAGAAAUCUGGAUCAGAUUUGAAAAAAAGAAAGUAUUAGUGAGAAAGAUCAACAACAUGAAUAAAUUCAUGGACACAACAAUAAAAAUUGGAAGUGGGAAAGCCUUUUGACAAUAAUACUGACAUGAGUGCUUAUUGAACAAUAUGAGAAAUACCCUAGCACUGACCUAGCUCCACAGAAGGACUCCUAAGUGCAGCUGAUUUUGGCCCAAAAGCUGGCCUUUACAUAUUGCACUUGUCAAUUUAGAAGGUAUAAGGCUGAUCUCUCAACCUGCCCAGAGUGCCCAGUAUCUUCACUGGGAAGAUCAAGAUGGUAAUACUGGAAUUUUCAAGCCUUAUGUUUUGGACACAGUUACUGGAUGGCAAGCUUUCAAACAAGGAUUCAGGGACUUGAAAUAGUGACCUAUCACCUUCUUUUUCAAAGAAAGAAGGGAGAAUAUGAUUGCAUCUUCCGUUUUCGAGCAGAGAAGCUUUGACCAUUACUACAUCUCAUAGUGACUUGGAUAUUGCCCCGGUCCCGGAAGUUUGAGGACUUGUCUUCAGAUGUAGAUGUUGCCCUACAGUCCUUAGGUCAAAUUACACUCACAUGUCUCUUGUAACUCUGCCCCUUCUUACCUUUUUUGGAUGGUCCUCCCAAUAAAAGCCUACUUCUGAA